GUAGAGAGAGAAAGUGACACAUUUUAGAGAGAGAAAGUGACACAUUUUAACAUCUUUUUAGUGAGAGAAACAAACAAACAAACAAACAAACAAACCAAAACACUUCACUUAUCAAAACAAACACGUAACAAUCCUACUCAAAUUACACAAAAUUUCCAAAAUCUCUUCGUCUAAUCUGUUCCUCGUUCCUGUUUAUAAGAUCCAGUGUUUGAUUCUCAUUGUUUCGGUGUUUUUUUAGCUCGAAAUGGUGGAGAUUUGAGGAAAUUUGGGGGUGUGAUAAGCUAGGGUUUGUGUUCAUGUUGUAAUGUUGUGUUUUGGUGUGUGUGUUUUGGAUCUGAGAGAUGAUAGUUGAAGUUGUGUGAUAUAAUUAGUUAUAAAACACGUGAUAAUCGUACUCACACAAGGCGAGAUUUCAAAAUCUUUUCGUGUAAUCUGUUCGUGCAAUCUGCUCGUUUAAUCUGUUCGGUGUUCGUGUUUGCGAGAUUGAACGUUGGAUUCUGAUUGUUUCGGCGGUGAUACAGCUGGAAAUGGUGGAGAUUUGAGGAAAUUUGGGGGUUUGAGAAGCUAGGGUUUGUGUUUAGGGUGUAAUGUUGUGUUUUGGUGUGUGUGUUUUGGAUCUGAGAUAUGAUAGGUGAAGUUGUGUGAUAUAAUUUGUUGUGGAACGUUUGUGAUGGGGAGAGAAGGUUCGAUGUUGGUUGUGGUGUGUUGUUUGCUCAUUGUUGUUCAUCCGGUGAAGCGAGUUUAUGCGAAUUUAGAAGGUGAUGCUUUGCAUAGUCUAAGGACUAACUUAGAAGAUCCAAAUAGUGUGCUCCAAAGUUGGGAUCCGACCCUUGUAAACCCUUGCACAUGGUUUCAUGUAACCUGUAACAAUGAUAAUAGUGUUAUUAGAGUUGAUUUGGGAAAUGCAGCUCUAUCUGGUACAUUGGUUCCACAGAUUGGUCUGUUAAAGAAUUUGCAGUAUUUGGAAUUGUACAGCAAUAACAUAAGUGGCCCAAUCCCUAAUGAUAUUGGAAAUCUGACAAAUUUAGUGAGCUUAGAUCUUUACCUCAACAGUUUUUCUGGGCCCAUUCCAGUCACAUUAGGGAGGCUAUCGAAAUUGAGAUUUCUGCGGCUUAACAAUAAUAGUUUGAGUGGUCCAAUCCCUAUGCAGUUGACGAACAUCACAUCAUUACAAGUGCUGGAUCUAUCAAACAAUCGCCUCUCAGGAUCAGUUCCAGAUAAUGGCUCCUUCUCACUCUUUACACCCAUCAGUUUUGCUAACAACCUGGAUCUCUGUGGCCCGGUGACUGGCCGCCCGUGCCCCGGAUCUCCGCCAUUUUCUCCACCUCCCCCAUUUGUGCCGCCACCCCCAAUUUCAUUACCAGGUGGAAACAGUGCGACUGGAGCCAUAGCUGGAGGGGUGGCUGCUGGAGCUGCUCUACUGUUUGCUGCCCCUGCCAUUGCAUUUGCAUGGUGGCGGCGUAGGAAACCGCAGGAGUUUUUCUUUGAUGUACCUGCUGAAGAAGAUCCUGAAGUGCAUUUGGGACAGCUGAAAAGGUUUUCUUUGCGGGAAUUACAAGUUGCAACCGAUAGCUUUAGCAAUAAAAACAUAUUGGGUAGAGGUGGAUUUGGGAAAGUAUAUAAAGGGCGUUUGGCUGAUGGAUCACUUGUUGCAGUGAAAAGAUUGAAAGAAGAACGAACACCAGGCGGCGAGCUUCAAUUUCAAACAGAGGUUGAGAUGAUUAGUAUGGCGGUGCACCGUAAUUUACUUCGGUUGAGGGGAUUUUGUAUGACACCAACUGAACGGUUGCUUGUUUAUCCAUACAUGGCUAAUGGCAGUGUGGCCUCAUGUUUAAGAGAACGACCGCCAAAUGAGCCACCUUUAGAUUGGCCAACCCGAAAGCGAAUUGCGUUAGGAUCGGCCCGUGGGCUUUCUUAUUUGCAUGAUCAUUGUGACCCAAAAAUUAUUCAUCGUGAUGUUAAAGCUGCAAAUAUAUUAUUGGAUGAAGAAUUUGAGGCUGUUGUUGGGGAUUUUGGAUUGGCUAAAUUAAUGGAUUAUAAAGAUACGCAUGUCACAACUGCUGUACGAGGCACAAUUGGUCAUAUUGCUCCCGAAUAUCUCUCAACUGGAAAAUCAUCCGAAAAAACAGAUGUUUUUGGGUAUGGUAUUAUGCUGUUGGAAUUAAUUACGGGUCAACGGGCUUUUGAUCUUGCUCGACUUGCUAAUGAUGAUGAUGUCAUGUUACUUGAUUGGGUGAAAGGGCUUUUAAAAGAGCGAAAACUAGAAAUGCUAGUGGACCCUGAUCUAGAGACGAAUUACAUCGAUUCAGAAGUUGAGCAGCUGAUCCAGGUGGCAUUGCUGUGCACGCAAGGCUCACCAAUGGACCGACCCAAAAUGUCUGAUGUGGUCAGAAUGCUGGAAGGUGACGGGUUGGCCGAAAGAUGGGACGAGUGGCAGAAAGUGGAGGUUACUCGCCAGGAAAUCGAUCUUGCACCACAUCCUAAUUCUGAUUGGAUUCUUGAUUCGACUGAGAAUUUGCAUGCUGUUGAGCUGUCGGGGCCGAGGUAACUUGAAAUGGGUUCAAAGUUUAGUGAUUUGGAAAUUUCUUUUGUUAUGAUUAAUUAAACUAGUUUUAUGGUGGUUGAUUUUGUUCAUAUUUGAGUUUGUAUGUCAUGGGUUAUGAUAGUGUUUAUGAUGGAUUAAUUAUAUAAUGGAUGUAAUUUUGUCGAUGUAUAUUUUAA